UUCACUCCUCUGCAUAGCUGCUGCCUUCCCCCCGGAGUUCCUCCAGCAUUUUGUGUGAGUUGCUUUGGAUUUCCGCAUCUGCAGAUUUUAUCCUGUUUAAACCAAGGCGCAUGCGUGGUCGUCGUGCUCAAUCCCGGAUAAUGCGCAUGCGCGGAGUAGACGCGAGGCUCUCAACGAUCGAACGCAGGUUUGAAAUGGCAGAACACUUGUGUACGGGAAUCUCAAACACAACAACAUAUCGGUUUUGCUGACUCUGUCUGGAUAUUUAAGGAGUGACCAAAUAUUUUCUUUGCAACACCAACACAUCUGUUGUCGAUCCUUGGAGAUGAAGAAGUAUCAUAUCUCCAGCUGGUAAUGUAUUCUGUCUCUGAAACGAAGUUUUCUGUUUUAACUCUGUGAAAUCCACUGGAACCGGAAGCUGAGAACACACCAGCAUUUGUUCACUGGAGAUCAGUUCUUCAACUGCAUUGAUUGUACAAGGGAUUCAAAAGUCUGACGUUCUGAAUUGCCAGAGAAUUGAUCGUAGUGAGAUAUCAUUCUCCUUCUCUCAGUGUGGGAAGAGAUUCACUCACAGGCUACCCGCAGACACGCCAGUGAGUUCACAGCGGGGAGAGGCCAUUCACCCGCUCUGUGUGAGGGAGGGGAACCACUCAGUCAUCCCGUCUGAAGAUACAUCAGCGAGUUCACACCAGAGUGCUCCACCUGUUCUGCAAGCGGGAAGCCAUUCUGUUAUUGAUGCUAAGGGUAUAUCAUAAAAUUCACCAGUGAGGGGACAUUGACCUGCCGGAUGGUGGGAAGGCAUUCACACACUCAGCCACACCACAGUGACACCAGCGAGUUCACACCGGGGAGAUGCCAUUCACCUGCUCAGACUGUGGGAAGGGAUUCACUCACUCAUCCAAACUACUGACACACCAGCGAGUUCACACUGGGGAGAGGCCAUUCACCUGCUCAGACUGUGGGAAAGGAUUCACUCAGUCAAAUCACCUGCUACAACAUCAGGUAAUUCACACUGGGGAGUGGCCGUUCACCUGCUCAGACUGUGGGAAGGGAUUCACUCAGCGUUCUCAGCUCCUGACACACCAGCGACUUCACACUGGGGAGAGACCAUUCAACUGCUCAGACUGUGGAAAGGGAUUCACUCGCUCGUCCGACCUACAGAGACACCUGCGAGUUCACACUGGGGAGAAGCCAUUCACUUGCUCUGAAUGUGGGAAGGUAUUUGCUCGGUUAUCUGAACUGAAGUUACAUCAGCGAGUUCACACUGGGGAGAAGCCGUUCACUUGCUCUGAAUGUGGGAAGGGAUUUGCUCGGUCGUUUGAACUUAAGUUACAUCAGCGAGUUCACACUGGGGAGAAGCCGUUCACUUGCUCUGAAUGUGGGAAGCUAUUUGCUCGGACAUCUGAACUGAAGUUACAUCAGCGAGUUCACACUGGGGAGAGGCCGUUCACCUGCUCUGAAUGUGGGAAGGGAUUCACUCAAUCGUCCAACCUACAGAGACACCAGCGAGUUCACACUGGUGAGAAGCCGUUCAGUUGCUCUGAAUGUGGGAAAGGAUUCACCCAGCCAUCUGAACUGAAGUUACAUCAGCGAGUUCACACUGGGGAGAAGCCGUUCACUUGCUCUGACUGUGGGAAGGGAUUCACUGUGUCAUCUCGACUGAAGUUACAUCAGCGAGUUCACACUGGGGAGAAGCCAUUCACCUGCUCUGAAUGUGGGAAGGGAUUCACUCAGUUGUCCAACCUACAGAGUCACCAGCGAGUUCACACUGGGGAGAAGCCGUUCACUUGCUCUGAAUGUGGGAAAGGAUUCACUCAUUCAUCUCAACUGAAGGAGCAUCAGCGAGUCCACACUGGGGAGAAGCCGUUCACUUGCUCUGAAUGUGGGAAGGUAUUUUCUCGGUCAUCUGAACUGAAGCUACAUCAGCGAGUCCACACUGGGGAGAAGCCGUUCACUUGCUCUGAAUGUGGGAAGGUAUUUUCUCGGUCAUCUGAACUGAAGGUACAUCAGCGAGUCCACACUGGGGAGAAGCCGUUCGCUUGCUCUGAAUGUGGAAAAGGAUUCACUCACUCUUCCAACCUACACAGACACCAGCGAGUCCACACUGGGGAGAAGCCAAUCACUUGCUCUGAAUGUGGGAAGGUAUUUUCUCGGUCAUCUGAACUGAAGUUACAUCAGCGAGUUCACACUGGGGAUAAGCCAUUCACAUGCUCAGAAUGUGGGAAAGGAUUCACUCAGUCAGCUAAGCUGAAGGAGCAUCAGCGAGUUCACACUGGGGAGAAGCCGUUCACCUGCUCUGAAUGUGGGAAGGGAUUCACUCGGUCAUCUGAACUGAAGUUACAUCAGCGAGUUCACACUGGGGAGAAGCCAUUUACCUGUUCAGACUGUGGGAAGGGUUUCACUCACUCGUCCAACCUACAGAGACACCAGCGAGUUCACACUGGGGAGAAGCCAUUCACCUGCUCAGACUGUGGGAAAGGAUUCACCCAUUCAUCUCAACUGAAAUUGCAUCACCGAGUCCACACUGGGGAGAAGCCGUUCAGUUGCUCUGAAUGUGGGAAGUUAUUUGCUCGGUCAUCUGAACUGAAGAUACAUCAGCGAGUUCACACUGGUGAGAAGCCGUUCACUUGCGCUGAAUGUGGGAAAGGAUUCAUUUCUUCAUCUCAGCUCUUGAGACACCAGCAAAUUCACACUGGGGAGAAACCAUUCAGUUGCUCUGAAUGUGGGAAAGGAUUCAUUUUUUCAUCUCAGCUCUUGAGACACCAGCGAGUUCACACAGGGGAGAGGCCAUUCCGCUGCUCUGAAUGCGGGAAAGGAUUCAUUAGUUCAUCUCAGCUCUUGAGACACCAACAAACUCACACUGGGGAGAAACCAUUCAGCUGCUCAGAAUGUGGGAAAGGAUUCACCUAUUCAACUCAUCUGAAAGAACAUCAGUUUGUUCACACCGUGGAGAGGCCGUUCACCUGCUCAGACUGUGGGAAACGAUUCACUCGACGUUUUUGACUACUGACACAGCAGCGAGUUCACACUGGGGAGAAGCCAUUCAUGUGCUCAGAAUGUGGGAAGGGAUUCACCCAGUCAGCUUGACUGAAGGAACAUCAGCGACUUCACACUGGGGAAUGGCUGUUUACCUCCUCUGAAUGUGGAAGGGAUUCAUUGUCAGCUCAACUGAAGGUACAUCAGCGAGUUCACACUGGGGAGAAACUUUCAGCUGCUCUGAAUGUGGGAAGGGAUUCACUCAGUCAUCGGACUUUAAAAUACAUCAGCGAAUUCACACUGGGGGAUGCCACUCGCCUGUUCUGAAUGUGUGAAAGGAUUCACUCAGCCAUUUCAGUUAAGACUAUAAGAUAUCAGAGCAGAGGUAGGCCAUUCGGACUUUCGAGUCUGCUCCACCAUUCAAUCAUGGGCUGAUCCAAUUCUUCCAGUCAUCCUCACUCCCCUGCCUUCUCCCCAUACCCUUUGAUGCUCUAACUAAGUAGGAACCUAUCUCUCUCUGCCUUAAAUGCACUGAAUGACUUGGCCUCCACAGUUGCUUGUGGCAACAAAUUUCACAAAUUUACCACCCUCUGAGUAAAGUAAUUUCUCCUCACCUCUGUUCUAAAUGGAUGUCCUUCAAUCCUGAAGUCGUGCCCUCUUGUCAUAGACUCCCCUCCCAUGGGAAAUAAGUUUCCCAUAUAUAAUCUGUUCAGAGCUUUUAACAUUCAGAAUGUUUCAAUGAGAUCACCAUCUUCCCCCCACCCCACCACCACAUUCUCCUGAAAUCCAGGGAAUACAGCCCAAAAGCUGCCAGAUGCUUCUUGUACGGUAACCCUUCCAUUCCUGGAAUCAUUCUUGUGAAUGUUCUCUGAAUGCUCUUCAAAAAUAAGGAGAGUAUCCUUUCUAAAAUAAGGAGCCCAGAACUGCACACAAUACUACAAGUGUGUUCUCGCGAGUGCCUUAUAGAGCCUCAACAUCACAUACCUGCUCUUAUAUUCUAUACCUCUCGAAAUGAAUGACACCAUUGCAUUCAUCUUCUCCACCACUGACUCAAUCUAGAGGUUAGCCUUUAGGGUAUCCUGCACAAGGACUCCCAAGUCCCUUUGCAUCUCUGCAUUUUGAAUUCUCUCCCCAUCUAAAUAAUAGUCUGCCCAUUUAUUUCUUCCACCAAAGUGUACGACCAUACACUUUCCAACAUUGUAUUUCAUUGACUACUUCUUUACCCAUUCCCCUAAACUAUCUCAGUCUCUCUGCAGCCUCUGUUUCCUCAACACUACCCACUCCUCCACCUAUCUUUGUAUCAUCGGUAGAUUUAGCCACAAAUCUAUUAAUCACAUAGUCAAAAUCAUUGACGUACAUCGCAAAAAGCAGUGGUCCAAGCACCGACCACUGUGGAACUCCAGUGGUAACCAGCAGCCAGCCAGAAUAGGAUCCCAUUAUUCCCACUCUCUGUUUUCUGUUGAUCAGCCAAUGCUCCACCCAUACUAGUAACUUCCCUAAUUCCGUGGGCCCUUAUCUUGCUAACCAGCCUCAUGUGCAGCACGUUGUCAAAGGCCAACUGAAAAUUCAAAUACACCAUGUCUACAGCAUUUCCUUUGUCUAUCCUGCUUGUAGUUUCCUCAAAGAAUUGCAGUAGGUUAGUCAGUGAGGAUUUUUCUGUUAGGAAACCAUGCUGGUUUGGCCUACCUUGUCAUGUGCCUUCUGGUACACCGUAAUCUCCUCCCUAACAAUCUAGUUCAACAACUUCCCAACCACUGAAGUCAGGCUAACAGGUCUAUAGUUUCCUUUCUUCUGCCUCUCACCCUUCUUAAAUAGCGAGUAACAUUUGCAAUUUUCCAGUCAUCCAGUACAAUGACAGAAUCUAUCCAUUCUUGAAAGGUCAUUGUUAAUGCCUCCACAAUCUCACCAGCUACUUCCUUCAGAACCCGAGGGUGCAUUCCAUCAGGUCCAGGAGAUUUAUCCACCCUCAGAUCAAUAAGCUUCCUAAGCACCUUCUCAGUCGUCAUUUUCACUGCACAAACUUCACUUCCCUGACACUCUUGAAUGUCCAGUAUACUGCAGACAUCUUGCACUGUGAAGACUGAUACAAAAUACGCAUUCCUUUCUCUGCCAUCUCUGCAUCUCUUAAUACAAUAUCUCCGGCAUCAUUUUCUAUUGAUACUAUAUCUAACCUCAACUCUCUUUUACCCUUUAUAUACUUAAAAAUGCUUUUAGUAUCUUCCUUGAUAUUAGUCACCAGCUUCCUUUCAUAAUUCAUCUUUAUUUUCCCAAUGACCUUCUCAGUUUUCCUCUGCAAGUUUUUAAAAGCUUCCCAAUCCUCUAUCUUCCCCUUGUAUGCCCUCUCUUUUGCUUUUACUUUGGCUCUGACUUCACUUGUCAGCCACGGUAGUGUCCGUCUUCCAUUCGAAAAUUUCUUCUUGUUUAGAAUAUAUCUGUCUUGCACUUCCCAAGUUUUUCUCAGAAACUCCAGCCAUUGCUGCUCUGCUGUCCUUCCUGCUAGUGUCCCUUUCCAGUCAACUUUGGCCAGUUCCCGUCUCAUGCCAUUGUAAUUUCCUUUAUUCCACUGAAAUACCAAAUGUUGGAAUUUAGUUUCUCCUUCAGAAAUUUCAAAGUGAACUCAAUCAUAUUGUGAUCACUGUACCCCAAGGGUACCUUAACCUUAAGCUCUCUUAUCACCUCUGGAUCAUUGCACAAUACCCAAUCCAGUACAAUUGAUCUGCUAGUGUGCUCAACAACAAGCUGUUCUAAGAAGCCAUCCCUUAGACAUUCUACAAACCCACUCUCUUGACGUUCAGUACUGACCUGGUAUUCCCAAUACACUUUCAUGUUAAAAUCCCCAACGAUUAUCAUGACUUACCCCUUCCGACAUGCCUUUUCUAUCUGCUGCUGUAAUUUGUAAUCCACAUCCCGGCUGCUGUUUGGAGACCUGUUUACAACUGCCAUAAGGGUCCUUUUACCCUUGCCAUUUCUUACCUCCAACCGUAGAGACUCUACACCUUCCGAUCCUAUAUCAUUGCUUUCUAAUGAUGUAAUAUUUCUUAUACACAGGGUCACACCACCCCCUCUGCCUACUGACCUAUCUUUCUGAUACACCGUAUAUCCUUGGACAUUCAGCUCCCAAUGGCAGCCAUCCUUUAGCCAAGUUUCAGAGAUAUCCACAACAUCAUACUUGCAAAUCUGUAGCUGAAUUUCAAGAUAAUCCAUUUUAUUUCUUAUGCUGUGUGCAUUCAAAUAUAACAUUUUCAGUCCAGUAUUGAAUGAACUUCAGCGUGUAAACACUGGGGACAAACUGUACAACUGCUCAGACUGCGGGAAGGAAUUCACUCAGUCAUCUCAACUGAAUAAACAUCACUGAGUUCGCACUGAGUAGAAACCCUGUUCAACUGUUCCGACUGGGAAUGAAUUCACUCUUUCAUCUCGCCUGACUACACACCAGACUGUUUUCAGCAGUGUGUGGACGCUGAUCUGCUCAGACUGUGAGAAGGCAUUCACACACUUAUCCACGCUGCAGAGACAGUGGGUUCACACUGUGGUGAGGGUGGUGAUGUGCUCUGAAUGUGAGAUGGGUUUCAAUCAGUCAUUCAUCCUUGUGUCACCCUACCGAGCUUUGACCCAUCGCUAAUCGGAGAGACCAGAAGUUUGAGAGAACACAAUUCACUCAGGUUCGCCAAUCGAGUAUUUACGGCGGUGGUUCAGGGCAGGUUAUUUUUGAGCUUUCAGCAGUGGCCAGUCAGCAUUCAGGAUGGAUUAUCAAGAAGAUGUUAAUGUUGGCCAGGAGCAAGAGGAGUGGUCAUUGUUGGAGUGGACAGAGUCAGAGCGGAGAUGCUAAGACUUUACCUCUUUGAGGUUUCAGUGAGGAGAGCAUUCAGUCAGAGAAGGCGAAAUUAUGCCAGAGGUAGAAUUUUUUUUUGCCCCUUCUUUACAUUCGUUCAGUUAGAACAGUAGAGAUACCAGGCAGGUUAGUGGAAAGCUCCUCUUGCGGGAUGUGGGAAGGCAGAGGACCCUCCUGUGUCCCUGAUAACUACACCUGUGAGAAUGGCAUCCAGCUUCAGCUCCAAACAAUCCACAUUAAGGUGUUCGAGCUGGAAAUGCAUGAACUCCAGAUCAUUUGGGAGGCUGGAGGAGUGAUAGGUAGGACAUAUAGAUAGGUAGUUGAAACCAAGGUGUAAGGCACAGGAAACUGGGUGACAGUCAGGAAGGUGAAAAAGGGAAACAGUGAGUGCAGUGUAACCCUGUGUCAACCCCCCUGGACAAUUGUUACAUACCUCAUGGAUAUCUUGCGAUUGUCAUAUGACCAUGAUGUAAUGGUCUUUUGGAGGUCACCUGAUGUAAUUUUCCCGCCAAUGUGAGGUCAUGUGAUGACAUGUUCACCACAGGUAUAAAAGAAGACCCCUGUGGUGACGCAGUGGGUUUUCCAGUUAGAACGUCAGAUAGAUAGUUAGCUCCACUGCUUAUUUUCCUUAUGAUGCAGUUUCCAUUUAAAACUGAGUUUUGCAUUCUAUUGUAAGACACAAAAGUGUUGGGCCGGCAUUUUAACCAAUCACUGCCAGGUUUGUUGAUGUAUCUUUUGUGUAAUAUUGGAGAGUGAAGACGGGAACCUGAAGGAGUCGUUUGGUGGUUUUGGAUAGGAUUGACCAUUAUUGAAUUCAUUCAAGAAAGAGUGAUCUACAUGAGAUAGCCUCUGCUAAAGGCGGCAGAAAAGGCUGUGCAGUAUCUAGUAUCCAGAGAGAAAGGACAGUGCCUUUAAACUGUUUUAUUUCCGUCAUCGUGAAUCCUGCGAACAAGGCAAGAUCCAGCUGGGAUCGACAGUGACGUCGUGUCUUCGAAGGAUUCUUUACUUCAGGAAAGUCUCUCCUAAUUGACUGUAUAAAUCUCUUGGACUUUUGAAUUUACAAUUCUAAGAACUGUGUUUGAAUUUACCACUUUAAGAACUGUUUUCGGAUUUAUCGCUUUAAGAACUAGUACUGAGUGGUAGUUUGUUAAAUGGCCGCAUAGCAGUUUUCUUCCGGUUAAGAUUUUCGUUUGUUUAUUUUUUUAAUAUUGAGCAGAGUUUAAUAAAUGUUUGAUGGUUUUUUUAAAACCUGACUCACUUCUAUAUUCAUUGUUGCCGAUCACGUGACAUAAAUUUGGGGGCUCGUCUGGGAUAUGUUCCAAUUUUGAACUUAAGUGCUUAGUUAAGUACCAACCUGAUUUGGAAAAGGGGAUAUACACGAUUCUUUUGUUUGAUUAGUGUAUGAGUGGUAUUUGGCAGCAAUGAAUGUUGACGGCUUUAUGGAAACGCCAGACCCGGAGUGUUUAGCGACGGCGAGAAAGAGUGUUGUAUCCGAGAUUGCUAGAAGGUUGGAUAUUAACGGAAUUACGAAGGUUACAACAAAGCCCGUAAUUCAGAGAAAAAUUGCUGAGCAUUAUAUAAGGUUGGGAAUGUUUGAUGAAUAAGUGUUAGAUAGGUUUCCAAUGAGUAAUCUGGAAAUGCAGUUACAUGUUGAACAAAUAAAGUUAAAGCAAUUAGAAUCUGAUUUGGAAAGAUGUCACUUAGAAGCUGAAAUUAAACAGAAGAAAUUCGAGGCUAGAGAAUCCCAUAGGAAAAGGGAAUUUGAAGAAAGAGAAGCAGAUAAAAGGAGAGGGUUUGUGCUAGAGAUGGAGAAAUCAAAGUCCGAGAAUUAGUCCUCUGGUUCUAAGAAACAGUUUAAAAUGAGUCGUGAGGUUAUUUUGACUCCUCCAUUUAGUGAGACAGAAGUGGACAAAUAUUUCCAGCAUUUCGAAAUUGUUGCUCUGAGUUUAAAAGUGGCCGAAAGAGCAAUGGCCAGUGAUGUUACAAAGUGUAAUUAAAGGCAAGGCACAACAAGUUUAUACAGCUUUACAUGCUGAUCAAGCACUGGAUUAUGAUAUUGUUAAACAGCGUGUAUUGAAGGCGUAUGAGUUGGUUCCGGAAGCGUAUAGAAAAAGAUUCAGAAAUUUGAAGAAAUCUGCGGAAAAAAUGUGUGUGGAAUUUGCCUACGAAAAAUCUGUGUGUUUUCAGAGAUGGGUUUCCUCUAAAAACGUGAAUGGGGAGUAUAAUAAAUUAAAAGAGUUGAUUUUACUGGAGGAAUUUAAAAGGAGCAUUCCUGUUGAAGUAGGGACAUACUUAAAUGAAAGGGACACUGCUACAUUGCAGGAGUUGCUAAAUUAGCUGAUGAGUAUGCUUUAAUUCAUAAGAGUAAAUUUUCUCCAAGUAGAACUUUUAAAAGGAAAAAUAGCACAGAGAGUCAAGGUAAAUCAGAAAUUAAAUCUGAAGUUAGUGAGAAAGGCACGGAUGAAGGGAGACGUGAAGGAAAGACAUUUUGGUAUUAUUUGUAAUUACUGUAAGAAUCCUGGACGUGUAAUAGCUAACUGUUUUUGAUUGAAGAAGAAAGAGAAGGAAGCCGUGCCAGAUGCCUGUGUGCAGCCUAUUGAAACACCUGUAAAUCCACAGAGUUCGAUAAAUACCAAUGAAGUUUUAUCAGAGUCUUACCAAAUUAAGAGGGGAUAUGAACAUUUUAUAACUGAAGGAUGUGUAUCCUUGAAAGAGGGACCCACUCCGGUACCGAUAAAAAAUACUUAGAGAUACUGGAUACUGGAGCUUCUCAAUCACUAAUGUUAGACAGUGUUCUAAAGUUUAGUGAUGAGUCUGACAUUUGUGAGGCAAACUAUAUAAGAGGAGUUGGGAGUGCUCUUAUGCCAGUACAUUUACAUAGAGUAAAUUUAAGGUCAGGGUUAGUUACAGGGCUUGUUAAAGUAGGACUACAACCCAGUUUACCUGUGAAUGAUGUUUCUCUAUUGUUAGGAAUGACUUAGCAAAUGGACUAGUUUUCCUGAAGUGCAUUUGACAAUAAAGCCUAAUUCUGAGGAACCGCAGAGGGAUUCUAACACAGAUUCUUCCUGUGUUGUAACCUGAGCUAUGGAUAAAAAGACUGAUGUGCAGGAUAAGGUUGUUACCCAUGACUGUUCAACUCGAGAUUCGAAUUUUGAGGAUGUGUCAGAAACUUUCUUACCUUCAUUAUUUGGUAGUAAGUCUGACCAUGAAGAUUUGUCUUUAUCUCGGAAGGAGAUGAUAGCAGAGCUGGGUAGAGAUCCUGAGAUACUUAAAUUAAAGGAACAAGCUCUUCCAGAUAGUGAAAUUGAGAAGGUGCCAGUAGGAUAUUAUUUUGAAAAGGGAAUAUUAAUGAGGAAGCAGAGAUGUCCUACAGUUCCUGCAAGUGAGGAAUGGGAAGUUAACCACCAGGUAGUAGUUCCUAAAGUUUAUCAUAAGGAGAUUUUAACUAUGGCUCAUAGUAUUCCAUUGGGUGGCCACCUAGGUGUAAAGAAAACUGUGAACAAGGUUUUUAAACACUUUUACCGACUUAGUUUAAGAAAAGAUGUGGCGACAUUUUGCAGAACAUGUCAUACGUGUCAAAUUGUGGGUAAACCUAAUCAAGUUACUCUGUCGUCGUGAAUCCUGCGGACAAGGCAGGAUCCGGCUGGGAUCGACAGUGACGUCGUGUCUUCGAGGAAUUCUUUACUUCAGGAAAGUCUUUCCUGAUUAACUGUAUAAAUCUCUUGGACUUUCGAAUUUGCCAUUCUAAGAACUGUGUCUGAAUUGACCGCUUUAAGAACUGUUUUCGCAUUUAUCGCUUUAAGAACUAGUACUGAGUGACAGUUUGUUAAAUGGCUGCAUAGCAGUUUACUUCCGGUUAAGAUUUUCGUUUGUUUUUUUUAAAUAUUGA